AUGAAUCGAGACGACGACGAUAAUAUCCGCGAUGAAGACCAGGACGAUGCGACCUCAACGCUGAACGGCGACGAGGGCCAACAGGCUGACGAAGAGUCCAACAUCCGCAUCUUCCUGCGUGUCAAGCCGUCCAAGAAACCCUCGGGCUUCUUCUCGUGGGACGACGACGCGAACAUGAUGAAGUACGACAUCCCGAAAGAUAUAGCAGCUGGACUGAUCAACAACUCCCGUACGUCAUACAAGUUCCGCUUUGACUCAGUCAUUGGCAUGGAAGCCAAGCAGGAAGAAGUGUUCGAUCGAGUGGGUCGCCCCUGUGUCGAGAGCGCGUUGAACGGCUUCAACUCGACCGUUUUCGCCUAUGGUCAGACUGGAUCAGGUAAAACCUUCACCAUUACAGGUGGAGCUGAACGGUACGAGGACCGGGGUCUAAUUCCACGGGCCUUGUCCUUAAUCUUCGAGCGUAUGCGUAACACCAGCCAAGCGCAGAUCAUCGCACAGAUCUCGUACCUCGAGAUCUACAACAAUCAGGGCUACGAUUUGUUGGAUCCUAACCACGAAUCGACCAAGUCUUUGGAUGAUUUGCCGCGUGUAGCCAUGUUAGAGGAUGAAGACGGCAAUUGUCACUUAAGGAACUUGUCCAUGCAUCCGGUAACAACAGAGGAAGACGCACUCAAUCUCCUCUUCUUAGGAGAUACGAACCGAGCUGUCAGCGAGACGGCAAUGAACUUGGCGUCUUCUCGUUCUCACUGUAUUUUCACUGUAUCAUUGGAGACACGAAGAGUGGGGAGUGAAGUUGUGUUGCGUUCCAAGCUGCAUCUUGUGGAUCUGGCAGGAUCAGAGCGAGCUCACAAGACUGGGGCUAAGGGCCAGCUACUACGUGAAGCCGCGUAUAUUAACACCAGUUUGCAUUACCUUGAAAUGGUCAUUGUGGCUCUGCAUGAGAAGAACACGAAAGGGAGGACACACAUUCCGUACCGCAACUCGAUGAUGACCUCAGUGCUGCGUGACUCGCUUGGUGGGAACUGUAAGACUGUCAUGGUGGCGACUGUGAGUCCUGAAAAAGACCAAACCGAUGAAUCCGUGUCUACUUGUAGAUUCGCACAACGAGUGGCUCGUGUCAAGAAUGACGCGCGUCUGAACGAGGAAGUGGACCCUUCAGUGAUCAUUCGCCAGCUCAAGGCUCGUGUUGCUUCUCUUGAAGAGGAACUGGCGAUCCUCAAGGGUGAUGUGAAUGAAGGCGCCGAGCUCAAAGAUUACGAGAUGGACAAGCUACGUCAAAAGUGUUUGAACUUUGUCAACGACUCGGAGCCAAGCGCUCACUUGGCGAUGGGCGAGUUCACGUAUACAAAGAUGAAGGCGUGUUUUGAUAUUCUCAAGAGUAUGGCUAAUGCUGCUGGAGAAGCAGCAGCUGGCGGCCCUAAUAGCGGUGUAAAGCUCAUUUCUGCAGGUACUGGAGGCAACAACCAAGAGUUGGAACAGCGUGUUCAUGAGCUUGAACAACUCGUUCAACAGCGCGACAAUGAGAUCGCCAUUAUGGUUAACAUGAUUCGUAAGGAACACGGUGCUACAAUCCCCGCAGAGUUACUAACAAGAGGAUUCGUAGGUUACACCAGUAACCAAGACGAACAUGAGUCAAAGCCUCAAAAGAAGCAAAACGCACCGAAAAAACAGCCAGGUGACUACACGUCAACGCUAGUGGUGGACUCUGCAGUACUAGAAGACCCUGCUAAGGCAUUUGAAGCCUUCAAGGCGCAAUAUCCAAAGAACGACGCGAUUCGAGACAAUAAAAUCGCUCUCAAACGCAAAUAUGACGCUGCCAAGACUCUUGCAAGUGAUGUAAAUGAUGCUCGUAACCAGAUUAAGGCUCUAACACUAAAGAUUGAGAAGCUUCGGAAGCAGCAGGCGAUAGCUGAUGAAGGGCUGCUAGGGGUUGAUGAUGGUUCACCUGGCUCGGAUGCUGCAGCGUCUGCAGCUCGAGCGGAGUUGGAAGCUGCUGAACAAAAACUCAAGGCAGACAUUGACACGCACAAGAUUGCAUACAAGAAAGGGUUCAACGAGCUCAGCGAACUGAAGAAAGAGAUUCAACACAUCCAGAAGAUGCUCGAGAUGGGUCGCAUUAAACUUCAAAAGGAUUUCGAUUUGUGGUAUCAGCGACAGGGAAAGGGGGCGCUGUUGACAGAGACGCUUCUUGCUCAAGCGAAGCCAGAGGGGAACCAGUUUACAGGUAGUCGGAGUCAAAAGUCGGAUUUGUCAAAACCAACCAAAUCGUUAUCACCGGAGCGCCCUGAAAGCGCUUCCCGAAAGCCUCCAGCCUGGAGUGCAGAGGUAAAAGAUCCGAAAAGGUUCUCAUCGUCACAAUCGCUUCGUUCAUCAGUAGCAAGGCAAAGCACAGCAAGGUACGACGUGUUUGUUUUGAGAUAUUUGAUAUUGUCAUGGUUCACGUUGUGA